AUGGCACAUUUUACACGUUUUGUUGCAAUUGAAGAUAAAUCUCAAACUAGUUUAUUCACAUUUAUCUUACCAAGUUCGUACCUAUUGAAUACUGAGGAAGAAUUGUUAACACGCGAAUUUAUUUGUAAACACAUACCAUUUGUAUUAUCUUUUGUAAAAAAUGGUGAUCAAUUAAAUGCGUUUCUACUUCGACGUAAUAUAUCGGAAUCGCUCGAAGUCACUCUCGAUUUCUCAUUAAAUUUAUUAUGUCGUGAACAUUUUACACGUAAUGAAAAUUUUGUCGAAAAACAAUGUAAAUUUAAUCGUACAACUACGUUACAUGGUCGAAAAUCAUUUACAUCUAUAAAUCGUUUAUGUUCUGUUGAUUUUAUGGAUGAACGUGGAAAUAUUCAGUGUGAAUUAGAGAUAAAAAAUUUAGCUUGUAGCUACAUGUACGAAGUACAAAUACCCUCACAUGCCCAAUCGCCAUAUGGACACGUGAUGACUAAACAACCGUUAGAUCAAAAAAUAGAAACAUCUCAUUUCUUUUAUUCAAAUUAUGAGUGGUGUUGUAUUAUACAACCAAAACUCGAUAGUGUCGGACAAUUAGGCUAUUUUCGUUUGUAUAUUCAACGUAUAACACCGUGUGAUCAUUCAGUCAAAUUAACAUAUAGAGUCAAAUUAGUAAAUGGAAAUUUUGUAUGGGAUGCAAAUCAAGAGCGAUUAUCGAAUGGACCACAACAACAAUCAUUACCCUCUAAAACUGAUAAUGAAGUUAAUUAUACAGAUGUCAAUGGAAUGUGUAGACCGUAUAGAAUUGAUCGAGUACGAGAAUUAUUACAAACAAAUGGAAAAUUUGUCAUUAAUAUUGAUUUGAAAGAUGCUGUUACUGUGUUUCCAAUUAUUGUUGAUCCAUUUGCUCAACAUCCUAUUCCUGUUCCUUUUAUUGAUAAAGAUAAGCAGGCGUGGACCGUUGAAGCCUACAUCGAAGAACAAUGUUUUAUAAUUCGUCUUUAUUAUCAAGAUAUAUUUAAAAUACCGGUUGGUUAUGUGAGAUGUAUCUGUUUUAACAUUACGGUGAGAAAUCAUGAUGAUACAAAAAUAACUACAUCCGUAUUUCAAAAACCAGUAACGAAGUAUUAUUCGCAAAAAGAUAAUGAUGAAGGAUUAGAGAUAAGUACAACAUUGGAUGUUGAAGAGCUUACCCAUCACGGCUACUUGAAUGAACAUCAUGGCGUCACUAUUGAAAUAGAGACAUUUUACACACAUUUAAUGUUUCAACCGGAGUAUUCACCGUUGGACGAUAUUGUACGGAAACACAAACUUCAAAUCAUGCGUGAAUUAUUGGCUGCUCAAAAUGAAAAUUAUUCAUUAGAGAAACAAAUGCAUAAUUUACAAAUGACAAUUCAGAAUCCAUCCUCUCGUGCAUUAUCAUCAGACAUGGGUAAUUUGUCAUUAAUGGGGGGUGGAAUGAGUGCACCAACAACACCUAAUGUUGUCCGAAAAUACUAUGAGAUGAAAUAUGGUGAUAAAGGUUCAUCAACAAAUUUAAGUGAUCAUCAAUCAACUACCAACAUCUCCAACACAUCGUCAACAAUACCUUCAGCAUCUUCAAAUAUUAUUCGCAACGGUAUUGGCCCUAAAGGAUCCAAUCCUGUGCCACCACCUAUGACAGUAGGAGCAAGAGGCUCUGCGUUUAAAUUUCCUACACCACGUCUGCCUAAUUCACUUCAAAACACACUACAAAAUACAUCUCAAUCCAUACAAUCAAAAUUACCCGCUAGUCUACAAAAAUUACCUCAAAGUUUACAAAAUCCAACAAUUAAUAUGUUAGCGACUAAGUUUCAGAAUGCGUUUUCCUGA